ACGUGGAGUUGUUCAUGUGCGUCAAAUGAUGGUUUUCGGUUAAUUGAAUACACUGUGCAUCUGAAUAUGAAUAACAGAAAAGCGAAGAUGUAAUAAAAGUUCGUCUUUUAAAAGGCGCUAACCACGACGUCGUCAUUUUUUGUUUACAAACGCUGCGCUGUUGACCGUCCCUCAGACAGCGUGGUUCAAGUUUGUGUCACAGCAGCGCUGCUCGCUGAAGGCCGCUGGGAUGGCCUGUCUGGUGUGAGUGGGCAAAGAUGUGCCCUUUUUCUUUAAGCAGUGCGACUGGAAGAGAACGUGCCCUUCUCCAGCUGUAACUGGGCCUCAGGGACUUUCAGGAUGGACCCGUCUGACCAGAAGCACUUCACUGUUGUAGACUACGUCAUAUUUGCCAUGCUGUUGGCGGCCUCUGUGAGCAUCGGGCUGUAUUACGCACUUUCCGGCGGGCGUCAGCACACCACACAGGAGUUUUUGAUGGCAGACAGAAGCAUGCACUGCCUUCCGGUCUCCCUGUCUCUCAUCGCUUCAUUCCAAUCUGCUGUGGCUAUUAUCGGCGUGCCAGCAGAGAUCUACGUGCACGGCACUCAGUACUGGUUCAUCGGCUGUGCCUACAUUCUGGGCCUCCUCAUUCCAGCUCAGGUUUUCAUUCCAGUGUUGUACAGACUGCGUCUUUCCAGCGUUUACCAGUAUCUCGAACUACGCUUCAGCAAAGCAGUGCAGAUCUGUGGAACUUUGACCUUCAUCUUUCAGAUGGUUAUCUAUAUGGGAGUGUGUGUGUAUACUCCUGCCUUUGCACUGAAUGCAGUUACUGGAUUUAAAUUAUGGGGAGCGGUGUUGGCCACUGGAAUAGUGUGCACAUUGUACACAACAAUGGGCGGGCUGAAGGCUGUGAUUUGGACAGACGUCUUUCAGACUGUUGUGAUGUUCGUGGGGCAGUUGGCUGUCAUAGUUGUGGGAAUACAGCAGACUGGAGGAGUGUCUGAAGUCUGGAGAAAAGUCUGGGAGGGAAACCGCAUCGCUGGUCUUAACCUAAACCCAGAUCCUACAGAAAGACACACAUUCUGGACUCUGGCUGUUGGCGGAGUGUUCCUCAUGUUGUCUCUUUACGGAGUGAACCAAGCCCAGGUCCAAAGGUAUCUCAGCGCACGCACGGAGAAAGAAGCUGUCAGGUCUUGCUACAUGGCGUUCCUCUCCCUGCAGCUGGCUCUGGCGCUGAGCUGUGUCAUGGGACUGGUCAUGUUUGCACGUUACUGUGAAGAGGACCAUUCUGACAAGCUGAGCAGCUCCUCUGGCGAUGCAAUGGUGAUAUACUUUGUCAUGGAUAUGUUACAAGGUCUGCCUGGGUUGCCUGGAUUGUUUGUUGCUUGUUUGUUCAGUGCUGCUCUCAGCACCAUCUCAUCUGCUUUUAACUCGCUGGCCACGGUGACGAUGGAAGACAUCAUCAAACCGCAUGUUCCUGCCAUGACAGAGACCAGAGCAACGCUCCUGUCUAAAGCUUUAGCUGUGUUCUACGGGCUCUUGUGUUUGGCCAUGGCCUACCUCACUCACUUGAUGGGCGACUCUGUUCUACAGGUGGCUUUGAAAAUCUUCGGGAUGGUCGGAGGUCCUCUUCUCGGCUUGUUUUGUCUUGGAAUGUUCUUCCCAUGGGCCAACUCUGCUGGCGCGGUAGCAGGUCUGGGUGGCGGACUGGCUGCUUCUUUCUGGGUUGGCAUGGGGAGCAUCUUCACCCGUAACGCUGGCUCCAAACCACCACCACCACCGUCCUGCAGAGGCCCUCUGCUGUUGGAAAACACAACUGUUAUUUACACUGCAGUCAGCAAUGUAACCUCGAGUGAGCCAUCUGGACUGAAAAGUUUUACUCGUAUCCUACAUGUGUACAGUGCAUUCAGCUGUUUCACAGUCGUACUCACAGGUCUGAUCGUCAGUUUUCUCACAGGCCCCAUGAAAGAGAAGGAUGUGGCUCCAAGCACCAUCUUUCCCUUGUUGGGGAAUCUGCUGUUUUUUCUCCCUGAACACCUCAAGAAGAAGCUCUGUUGUGUCACUCCUCUGGGCCAACCUCAGGCAGCAGAGCACAUGCAGCCUUCACAUCCCAAGCAGAGGGAUGGAGGGACCUUGCCAAAAGAAGACGGACUGUCACAGGAAGAGACACAACGUUUUAUUCCCAACGUUUCAUGAAGAUUGUGUGGAAUAUGAAACAGCGGUAUGAUGUCAUACUCUCAAUGACGGAAGUUACAUAAAGCACUUGGCCUGAAAAUGACUCUUAUUUUGUUUCCUUUGUUUUGUGAUGAUUAAUUAAUCUUUGCACUACUGCAGCAGCAAAGCAAAAAUGCUUCUUUUUUUUUCUGAAGCGAAAAAUGAAAAGGAUUGUAUCAAAUAAUGUUUGCAGAGUACAUUUGCAAAAUAUUGCACUGUGAGCAUUUUUGAAUGUCUAGUAUAAUUUACAGCAGUUAAAAUCUUUUCUGUUGACCACACACACGUGUUCAGUACAAGUGUAUGAAAUGUUCUCAGCAAGUUGUUUUAUUGAAUGUACAACUGAAAAUGGCCUAUAAUGGAGCUGAGAUUUAAAGCUUUCUAUAGACUCCGUCCACUCGUGACAUUUAGUGCUGCCGUAUCUAUUUUGGAGGUCAAGUGACGCUGGAUUCACUUGCUCAGUUCACUGAUGAAAUCUGCUCCUGUAAGUACACUGAACCCGGAGACGGUGUGUUUAAGGAGCAAUAAGUGAAGAAAAGUUUGUUGUUUGGAUCAGUCCAGUUUUCCUGCAAAUCAUGGUACAGUAAAACAGACUCAGUUACCACACAUCAUGGUGGCUGAUAACUAAGUAACAUUUAUCAUAGAUGGGAACCAAGCCAACAUGAAUUCAUAGAGCGCCUGUCCAAACCCAGAAGUGCAUAUAUUAAGUUGUAAAAACAAAUAAGUGCAUAAAUAAAUGCACCCGAAAGUAACUCAAGGUUAAUACUUGAAUGGUUGAUGCACCACUUGUUCGCGAAUCGCAACAAAUAGCGAUCUGACAUUAAGUUGAUUCUAAUGUCUAAUGAAGUAAUUAUCUUUAGCAAUGAAAAGCAUCAGAGGUCAGAUGCAUAUCCUCCAUGCUCUACACCACACCGUAUAGGUGAAUAUACACGUGUAAUGGUAUUUUCCGCUAUGUAUGGCUUCAUCAUGUGACUUAAUUUGGAAGUCAUUCAUACCAAUCAGAUAUUUGGCUGAUCAAUAUGUACUUUAGAUCAUCCAUCUAAGUUUCUUGGUUGUUGAGGUAUAGAAAGAAAGGUGUUCUUUGGACAUGUUUUCCUUGAUUUUGACCUUUGACCAAACUACUCCAAAAUCUAAUCACCUCUAGAUGUCCAAGUAAUAUUCUCACCAGGUUUGAAGGAAAUCCAUCCAGCCAUUUUUGAGUUUUCUCCGCAGACUAAUGAAAACGGUCCCCUACUACCGCCACAUCACUGAUGGGGCAGGGUAAAUAUGUUGAGAAAUGAAUGAUUACAGUGAAGAUGUUAGUAUAUCUAGGAAAUAGUGAUGUCAAUGUCGCACUUUCUUCUCUGUGCACAGCAGCAUGCACACAGUGGAAAUUCCACUAACUUCGGGUGUAUAAAAAAAAAAAAAUGCCCUUUUUGCAGCUAUUUAAGUUAAUUGAUGCUAAACUAUUUACGGUUGGCCUCUUGUGGGUACUUGAGUAAAUAACGAGGCUGGCUUGUCAAUAUGUAGACGUGGGUUCAAAUCCCGCUCAUGUUACAUGCGUGUUCUUGGACAAGGCACUUAAUCUAUGGUAUCUCAGUCCACCCAGCUGUGAGUGGGUACCAGCCUUGGGUGGGGAAACAGUCUGCAUUGGACUGGCAUGCCAUCCAAGUGGAUUUGUUGACUCUCAUCUGCUUGACGCUACGGAAUUCAUAGAGAAGCACGGGCACCAUCGGGCCUCAGGGCCUGUUUCAUACUACUACCUUCUUAUAGCUACUUGUACCAACGUGCUGCCAUAAUCUAAAUAAUCUACUAGUGAAGCAAGAUGUUGAAUUCCAGCUUCUGAUGUGUUGCUACAUAUCACUUGUUCAUCUUUGUGGGUCUGAUAUAAUCUGAGCAAUGAAAUAUUCUUUUCUGUGCCUGACGUCUGGAGCCAUAUAUGAACAUGAAACCACCAUGUGUGCUUUGAGACACAAGACUGAAAAGAGACAAUACUGAUUUGGUAAUAAUGAAUAUUGAUUAAUUGAUAAAGAUUAAUUUGUAGUUAUUUGUAUUCUGUAAUUAGUUUGAUUUUUAAACAACUUGUCAAUCAUUAAAAGGGUGACAAACCUUUG